AUGGCGGCAAAAGAAAGUCCUUCAUUUGAGGUCAGCGCCUCUCCUGAUACAACACGAACAGCUAAGCCAGCCAGCAUGAAAAAUGGUGACGCUGCUCUGGAACUCCUUAUCUCCACUGGCGAUCUGAAGCAACCAACAGACCCAAAGCGUAUUCAACGGCUUCUGCAACGCAUCAAACACCAUAUAAUGCCCCUGAUCUGUACCGUCUAUUUUCUGCAAUACCUCGAUAACACCUCCAUCUCUUAUGCAAGUGUCACUGGGUUUCGGGAGUCGGCCCAUCUGGUCGGGGACCAGUUCAAGUGGGUGGCUUCCAUAUUCUUCUUUGGCCACCUAACCUUCGAGUUUCCCACCAUCUAUAUCUUGCAGAUGUUCCCACUAGCCAAAUACUCCUUCGCCAGCUUGAUGGUGUGCCGGUUCUUCCUCGGGGCUGCAGAGGCGACGAUAGUCCCUGCAUGUGUUGUGUUCACCAGCCAGUCGUACAAAAAAGAAGAACAGGCUUUCCGCGUGGGCAUCUGGUUGUCCAUAUGUAGAUUUUCCCAAAUGUUCGGAGGGCAUUUUGCAUAUGGCGUCGGGAGACAUGUUGGGGGAGACGUCCAUGCCGCCUUGAAGGGGUGGCAAAUAAUCUUCUAG